ACCACAGCACCCAAGGCUAUACAGCACCUCUCAACACGUGCUCAAAACCUGAUCAAAACACUCAUGCACGGUGUAAAGUGUGUUAUCGAGGGCAGUUAGGGGUUACACUACGUACUUAGAACCGUGAUUCUGUUGAGGACGCGCCCUAACAACAACAACAAUGACUCUGUAGAGGUGCUGCUAUAACUUAUAUCUUGCCGUUAUAUCAGGGCAUGCCUCGUAUCAGGGCAUAUAUAAUAUCAGUUAUAUGCUAUAUAGCAUCGAGAGGCGCGCUGCUACAUUGGUGCAAAUCCACCUAUUUUGAUUUGAGAGUCAUCACUUGUAAUUACAAAGAUUGGGUCAAGGUUUGAUUCAGAUUUGGCUCCUGCUGGGAAAAUUGGAAUGGAAGGCACACCAACAAAUGUUAUCAAGCAGUUAAGCUUUAUGGAUGAUUCCCAUGUUGAGAAGCUGCUAAUGAAUCAGCAAGAUGCUUUGUUGAUUACUUAUGAUGGCAGAUCGCUGCUGCACCACGCCAUCCUGUCCGGCAACCUGGCCGUUGUGGGUGCCAUUCUUCAGCGAGGUGGAUUCUCCGAUGAGCCGGACUCAGAAGGUCAGACGCCACUGCUGGCGGCGUGUCAGCGCGGUCAGCUGUGGCCGGUACACCAGCUGCUGGCGGCCGGCGCCGACGGCAGUGUCAGGGACGCCAGCGGAGCCGGCUGCGCGCACGCCGCCGCCGCCGCUGGCCAGCUCACGGUGCUCCAGUACCUGGGCGAAGUAGUUGGGUUCUCCCUGUCGGACCCCGAUGACGACGGCAGGACGCCACUGAUGGUGGCUGCGGCCGGAGGACACGCGGCUGCCGUCAAAUAUCUGAUCGAACAGGCCAGGCCGUCACUGCUGUCCGCGGACGCCGGCGGCCGGACGGCCCUGCACCUGGCUGCCGCUGCCGGCCAUCAGCACGUCUGCUGGCUGCUGGUGACCAGCGGCUCGGCCGAGCUGCUGACCGCUGCGGACGCCGAGGGGCGCGCGCCGCACCAGCUGCCGUCCGUCUCCAGAUCGCCAUGUGGUCGGAUGCUCUCCGACCUGUACCGGCGUCAGGCGGCCGGCCGCGGCCCGCCGUCCGUGCGGCCAGCGCAGCUCUGGAGCCUGCUGAGGCCGGCAGUCACCUACGCGGCGGCGCUGGCGGCCUGCUCGCUGGGGCCGGACGACUGGGCGCCUCUGCUGAACCCGGCACUGAUGCUGACUGCCCUGAUCACCCUGCGCGGCCAGGGUCACCGGCUCAGCCACCCCAGCCGCGCUCCCAGCUGGUUCGCCUUGGGCUUGGUGCUGACACUUCUGGGCGCAUCGGUCGCCUGCGUUCUGCUCUACAUGCAAACUCACGCUCUGGUGCCGCUGUACGUCACCGGCCUGUCCGGCGUGGUACUGACUGCCUUCGUGGUCACCUUUCAUCGGGCGGUGACGGCCGCCCCGGGACUGCUGCCGCCGACCGAUCGCCUGGCCGACACUCUGCGAACGGCGGCGGCCACACCCACCGGUCAGCUCAGCUACUGCCCCCACUGCCAGGUGGUGCUGGCGAUGCCGGACCGGCACUGUCGGCUGUGCGCCCGCUGCGUCCGCGACUACGACCACCACUGUCUGUACAUCAUCAACUGUGUGGCGGCGGCCAACCGGCGCGUCUAUCUGCGCUGCCUGCUGGCGGGAACCGUCGGCUGCCUCACCUUCCUCGGCCACGCGUGGGCCUACCUGGUGCGGACGGAGCCGGUGGUCGGCCGCUGGCCGCCGCGGCUCGCCGGCUGCGACAUCUACAUGGGCACCUGCGUGCUCGGCCAGGCGGCGGCGCUGCUGCUGCUGCGCUCGCUGCUCUCGCACGAGCUGACCUACCUGUGGCGCGCGCUGCCGGGCGCCGGCUACCGGAAACUGGCGCAGAUGGCACGGUUCGUGGCUGGCGGCACUUUGGCACCGGCCCGCCGCGACUUCAUGCAAUGCUGAUGCCGCCCACGCGCUGUCGUUGAUGGAUGUGGUGUGAUACGUCUGUGAUGUGAUGUGAUCGAUGCACGUCAUUGACUGUGCAAGUGCUUGCCGGCUGACGGCAACCGCUCGUGAUUGUGGGCCGAUCAGUUUCCCUCUCUAGCAUUUCAGGAGGAUGGAAUGUAAAUGACAGUCAUUGUUAACACGUGACGUGUUUUAUGUUGGUAUUGUAUGUCGAUCGCGUGCCUGCCAUCACUGAAUUGUGAUUAAUUUGUGAUCGAAUUUCCGGGCAAAUCAGGAUUAUUAUUCUUAUAAAUAUUAAUUAGAGCUUCUUUCACCUGAAGUAUGAACACCUGCAUUGAUAUAGAGGUAUUUUAGGCGUUUGUAUAGCUUAUGCAUGCAUUUCAGUUUUUAUAUGUCGAUAGUGUCUUGUUUGCGUUUUUUAACCUUCUUGCACAUUUUUCCAGUUCCACCAUCGGCACAAGAGAUUUUUUUUUUGUUUAAUAGUUAAAACACUAUUUGUUAGAAUUGUGUUUUUAAAUUAGAAAAGCAAACUUGAGUUCUUGGACAUUUUAGCAAAAGCUGCCUGACAGCUGCUUUUUUGAACUGUGUUCUAUCAAGUGUAGUGAAAUGCAAUUGGGUGUAAUGACGUCGGGAUCAAUGCGGCCCGAGCGCCCUACCCUCGACAAAGUGGAAAGCUUUUUGAUUUAUUCGUAUGAAUCGUUCGACAGCAGUGUUUCAAACAUGUCGCAUCACAUACAUAAUGAGGCUUCUUGAAGAAAGUUGUAAAGUUUACGUACACUGCCGGUUGCUUCGAUCUGCAACUGAUGAACUUUAAGCGCUUAGAAACCUACGCACUCGUUGCUGUUGUACUAUGGACUUGCUAUGGACAUUGCAGUAUUAGCAUGCUAAUCAUUGUGCCUUUGCUAUUGUGGAUCAUUGAUGUGCCAUGUUGUCGUCACUUUCAGUAACCGUCUGUGAUACUUCUGGUGUGAACAUAGUUCAACAUGUUUGAUUUUGCAUGAGUCACUCGGGACAGAAAUUCAACUAGCACUGCCAACUGUCAACUUGUCUGUCGUGUGUUUGCAUGUUCAGAUGUUCACAUGGUAUUAUUAACUACUUCUAUUCGAUAUCGUGAAUGCAAUCAUCACGCCAUGUAAAAGUACGAAGAUAAUAUACAGGGUGUUGCAGGUAAAUUGGGAAUUUUCAAACCUAAUUUCAACAUGCUAUUAAUACGGUGAAUGAAAACAUAGAAAGUUGAAACUUCGCACGUGUAUUGUGUCAUGUACGCACAGCCUUGUCACUCGAUGUGACCGCCGUCGGCGUCCCGCACCCUCUCGAGACGGCGCCGGAAAGCGGAGCACGCGCGCCGGGCCUCGUCCUGGUCAAUGGUGCUGACUGCCUUCCUGAUGGCCUUCUUCAGGUCAGAAACGUUGGCAUGAGUGGUCGAGUUGGACUUUUGUUCUACCACGCCCCACAUCCAGAAGUCGCAUGGAUUCAAGUCAGGCGAGUUGGAGGGCCAUAUGUCCUUGGGUACAUAAAGGGGGAUCCUCUGGCUCAGGAAAUCUUGCACCCUCUGGGAAGCAUGUGCUGGGGCGGAGUCUUGCACCAGCAUGACUUUGCUCAGGUCAUAGUAUUUCAUCAUCCAGGGGAUGAGAGACUCCUUCAGGAUGGUCAAAUACGCGUCAGUGUCGAUCAUCACACCAGCAGGUAUGAAAUGGGGCGGCAUUAUGCGGCCAUCACUUGCGACGGCCCCGAAUACCAUCACUGAUGCCGGAUUUUUGCCUUUCAUCACGGGAGCCACUUCAUCAGGGCUGUAGGCGAUAGCCCGCGAGUUCCGGCGGUUGGCGACCUCUUCUACGAUGAACUUUUUCUCAUCGACAAAUACCCUGACGUCACUCCCGAGGUGCUUGAGGAGAUUGAGGACCUUCGGUGCCCUCUCCCUUCGCAUCGCCCUUGCUGGUUCGGUCAGGAGGCUUCGUCGUUUUCUGGUAAACGACUUCAUCCCGAGGUCCUCUCUCACGGCUCUGCUGAUGGUGCUCUUGCUCACGUGACGGGCACGCGCAAGCUUGUUCAUCGAGGUCCUCGGUUUGGCCUGAAUCGAGCGUUUCAAGCCGCUCAGGAAUGUUGGUGUCCGUUUUCGGUCACUGCGAGGUGUGUGAGAACGUCGAGCGACAUCCCCUCCAGCUCCUACGGUCGCGAUAGUUCGGUACACGGUAGACUUUGGGUACCCAGUUAAACUUAUUAUGUCCUUCGCGCUCUGUCCGGCGCGAACUAACUCACCAAUCGUUUCCCUCCGACGCUGCUCCAUGACUGCGCGAUAUGUUAGGAUUAAAAUUUCAAUAUCAAAUGAAAAACAAUUGUUGAAAUUAUAUUGUGUCAAAUUUCCAUGAUGUUCCUCCGCAUAGCAAUUUUUUUGUAAGGUCAUGAACUUAGUCCCAAUUUACCUGCAACACCCUGUAGUGGUGUGAUGUCUCGCACAUUUAAUCGCCUUAUGCUCAGUCGAUUUUAGCGCUAUUCACCAUUCCGGUUGGUGUUAACGUGAAAUGAAAUAAAUAAAAUGUGAAAUCGC